AUGGGAGACCAGAUUUCCGCCUUUGUCCUCAUCGGGACCCAGGCGCUCGUGCCCAUCGUCUUGGGCAGUUUCAAGAGCUUGCGGACACCGCUCGCCACGCGCCGCAAGCACAAAAAGGCCCGCGCGUCGCGCGACCGCCUGCUCGGCCUCGACGAGGACGAGGACGACGAUGACGAUACCGACGACGACGAGACCCUCGGCCUGGGCGACUCGCUCCUCUUCCCCAUCCUCGGGAGCGCGGCGCUCCUCGGCCUCUUCUUCAUCAUCAAAUACGUCGACAAGAAGUGGAUCGACCUCGCGUUCGGCGUGUACUUCUCGGUCACGGGCGUGUUCGCCGUGCACACGACACUGACGUCCAUCGUCGGCUUCUUCCUCCGCCUGUUCAAGAAGAGCGUGCCCGUGUACCAUGUCCGCAUCUCGAACGGCAUCAAGCAAAUCUUCCACCUCCCGGUCCGCGCCCACUCGGCCCUCGUCGCGCCCAUCUCGCUCAUCGCGCCGGUCGCCUACGUCCCCCUCGGCCGCCCGUGGGUGCUGAGCAACGUCCUCGCGCUGUGUCUCGCCACGGCCGCGCUCGCGCUGCUCAAACUCGACGGGUUCCCGACUGCCUUCUUGCUGCUCGGCGUGCUGCUCGCGUACGACGUGUUCUGGGUCUUUUACACCCCGGUCAUGGUGACUGUCGCCAAGGGCAUCGAGGGCCCGAUCAAGCUCGUCGCGCCCAAGGACUCGACGGGCACGGCGUUCGCCAUGCUCGGCCUCGGCGACGUCGUCAUCCCCGGCCUGCUGAUCGCCCUCUGCCUGCGCUUCGACUUUGCGCGCUACGCUGCCAAGAACAAGGACAAAGACGUGACGCGCCACUCGUCGUUCCCCAAGCCGUACUUCUACACUGCGCUGUUCAGCUGGAUCGCAGGCCUCGUCGCGACCAUCUACGCCAUGAGCGUCAGCGGCAAGGCGCAGCCCGCGCUCCUGUACCUCUCGCCCGCGUGCACGCUCGGCCCGGCGCUCCUCGCCCUCGUCCGCGGCGAGAUUGGCCUCCUCUGGUCCUGGCGCGAGGAGGAGAAGGACGACGAUGAGCGCGACGAGACCAUCGAGGCGCCCUCCGAGGUCGCCAUGCUCGCCCGCAAAGAGGCCAAGGCCAAGGCUGCCGAGGCUGAGGCUGCCCAAGAGGACGAGGCCAAGCCCGAGCCUGAGGCGCCCGUCGACGACAGCUGGAUGGAGAGCGCCGAAGACACCGGACCCAAGACGCGCAAGCGCAAGGGCGGUAAGAAAAAGUAA